AUGCGUGUGCCAAGAACCCCCGGAGGGUGUUUGCUGGGGCGGGUUGAGGUCCUGCCCCACGGCCACCUUCAGAGCAGCAGCUGCUUGGGGACCACGUUGGAGCAAGGGGAUCUCAGAAGCGUCCCCAAGAUGAACCUUCUUGCCCAGGUGAGCAGCCUGGUGCAGACCCUACGAGACACGGAUGGACUGUUUCUCCAGCCCUGGCGCUGGCUGGGCUCCUCGGUGAGCAGCUCCAGGCAGGUGGUGGCCGGGGCAGCGAGCACGGCAGCAUUCUUCCUCUGUGAGGGGCUGCUGGGCCAGCACUUCGAUGUGGUCCCCGAUGGGGUGGCCGAGCCCCAGCCCGGGGACCUCUUCCUCUUCCCAUUGGCCUCCGGGGGCCCAGGCUGGUGGGGCGCCCAUGCCGGCAUCUACUGCGGUGACGGGGAGAUCAUCCACCUGGAAGGCAGUUCGGGGACGUCCCCGUCAGGGAUCGUGGCCAAGCACAGCAAGAGCCACCUCCUGCGGACGCGGGGUCCAGCCAAGGUGCUGCGGAGGAAGGGAGGACUGGAUGUGGCCGCCCUGCAGCAGCGCAUCCGGGCGGCCAUGGACCAGGUGGUGGAGUACGAUGCCAUCACCUGCAACUGCGUCCACUUCGCCCUUGCCCUGCUGGAGCUGGGCCAGCUCACCAGCGCUACAGUGGGUGCCACCACCCCAGGGAACCCCGAUGCCUGGCCCAGCUGA